GAGUAUAGCUAUUUUGCACGUAUCUACAAAUUUUAUAUUGUUCUUUAUGUAGGUUCCAAAUUUAUGUGGUAAAAAACAGAGUAAUGCAAGUAAAUUAUGACUGGCAAUACAAAAGAAUUGUAAUAAAAAAUUGUUAAUUUUUAACUCGCAAACAUAGACCAGACAAUAUUCAGACUUUGCUAUACUACAUUAGAAAAUGGAAGAGCAUAAAGAAAGCAAAUAAGAUUCAGAAAUGAAAGAAAUAAAAGAAAACACAAAAACAUCUAGAAGCACAGUGAAAUAUAGAAAAUAUAUUUACCGUAGUGAUUAUUAUUUGUAAAUAUAAAAUAAUUAUUAGGAAUUCAAGUGUCCUGCGACAUUUGUGCGUGUUUGAUGAAUGAGUAUAUGGAUGUCGCUGGCGUGCUGUUUGUAACAUAGCGUUGAUACACUUCUUGUUCUCUUUCCUUAUUUAUGGUUUUCCAUUGAUUUUUCGGUUCGGCAUGCGUAGUCUCGGAAGUCGACCCUUGUGCGUGUGUUGUAACGAAUAGACAAUAUAAUCGACGUGCGCGUUUCCAAGUUUUAACAAUGAUUUUCAUAAUAUCAGAUAGUAAAAAUAACAAUGAAAAGGAAGUAGAAGAAAAUUUAAAUCAAAAUAUUCCCAAAGUUACAAUAGAAAAAAAUUGUUCUUUUAUAUUUUUCAACAAAAAGAGCUACUUUGUCGAGUCUCACUCCACAUUCUUUCAAUUCCACCUUUUUUUGUGAAAUGUGCGAAAGAAAACAAGGAUUGCAUCCUGGAAAUUGUUUCAAGAUACACUUAAUACUUACAUACAUAAUACAUACACUUAAAAAUUACAAAAUACAACAAUAGCGUGAAUAAAACUGUGAAGAUAUUAAAAAAGAUGAGGAAUCUAAUUUUGAUUUGGUUUUAAAAGAAAAGUGGAUGGAAGCCCAGAAGAAUGAAGUGUUUCGUUAUAUAUUAAACAUUCAAGAUUCGAAAAUAUUGGAAGGCAAAUAUCACUUUUUAGUCCAGCUAAAUAUUGAUCGCGGUUAUAAAAGAAGAUCUCCAGAAAAUAUUAUUUCAAUGAACCAACCUUUCAAUGAGAAAGAUUUUAACUUUACAAAACUUGUGUCAGAAGAACAAAUAAUGAAUUUAAAUAAUAUAGACAAAGAUGAUAUAAUUGCAAUUAAUGCUAGUCCGAUUGAAUACUGUCAUUCUCUGCUGUUGCCACAAAGAUGUAAACAAUUACCUCAACUUGUAACAAAACAUAGCUUAGUGAAAGCUGUUGAGUUGUUUUCCUUGAGUUUGUCUUCAUACAUCAGGGUGGCUUUCAACAGUCUUUGUGCUUUUGCAUCUGUGAACCAUCUUCAUUGGCAUUUAUACUACUUGAAAUGGAGGAUGUUACUGGAAUAUAUUGGAGAAUUAAUUAUUAAUGCUGAGAUGGAAGAUCUACAAAAUUAUAUAAUGAUGGAUGCUGUUCCGCCGUCUUGGACAAAAAGAGUUUACCCUUCAAAGUUAGGAUUAAACAGUUGGUUCACGGAUAUGUUAUAUCGAAUAAAUGAAUUAUCUGAUUGGGCUGCUGAUUUUAAUUUUAUGAAAUUGAUAAUUGAAUCCGUGGGAAAUUUUGAUGCCUGGAAUUCAACUCAAACUGGUAAAAUAAACAUAGCAAAAUUGAAUGAGCGACAGAAUAAAGCUUCGUUCAACGCACACGAUUGUUGCUACCCAUAAAAAAUCAGCACGAAGAGAAGGUGCAUAUAUAAAAGGAUUAUACAUGGAAGGUGCACGAUGGGACGAUCAAACAGGAUGUAUCAUGGACUCUCGAUUUAAAGAAUUGUUUCCAUUAUUACCAAUAAUAUAUAUAUAUUAGGGCGAUUACACAGGACAAGCAAGAUUUAAAGAAUAUGUAUGAAUGUCCUGUUUAUAAAACACGAUCGCGAAGACCUACUUACGUGUGGACGUUUAAAUUAAGAACUAAGGAGAGAGCUAGUAAAUGGAUUCUUGGUGGAGAGGCAAUUCUAUUACAAAUCUAAUUUUAUAAAUUAAAUUAUGGAUUAAAUAUGCAAUUAAAAUAAAGAUUUUCGAAAUUGA